GUCAAGGCUGGGAAGGGGUGUUCCACUUGUGACCGAGCCUUAUAAGAGCUUGUUUGAACAGCCAUGUGCUGGCAGAGCUGGGAGGACAGGUCACUCCCAGAUUGAGACGGGGAGGAAACUUACAGGUCUCUCCCAUCUGCGGAGUUUCACAGAGGAUCCGGGGCUCCCAGUUCUGCUCUGAUGACCAGCAGCAUAGACAUGGACUGCGAGAGGUGUCAGUGCCAGCAUGAAGACAAACACCCAGCCAUUCUCUACACCCUCCUCAGCCAGAACCUGAGCCACAGCCCACCUCACCAACGCUGCCUGUGCCACCAGCGCUGGACGGUCUGCCUCCGGACACCCCAUAUCACCUGCCAAGCUGCAUCCGACGUGUUGGUGAAAACCAUCAGCUUCAUGAAAAACCUCCCUUCCUUCCACCUGCUGCCUCGAGGGGACCAGCUCCUGCUGCUGGACAGCUGCUGGGUCCCCCUCUUCCUCCUGGGGCUGGUCCAGGAGACGGUGACAUUUGAGGUGAUGGAGACCCCAGCCCCCAGCAUGCUUGAGAAGAUCCUCCUCGAUGGCCAAAGCAAAAGGCAGGAGCCUGAGUGGACUCAGCCCAUGCUGGCCGCUGUGCAGUGGCUGCAGUGCAGCCUCAACACCUUCUGGAGCCUGGACUUGAGCCCCAAAGAAUACGCCUACCUGAAGGGAGCCAUUCUCUUUAAUCCUGAUGUCCCAGGGCUGACAGCCUCCCUGUACAUCGAGAGCCUCCAGCGGGAAGCCGAGCGAGCGCUUCAGGAAGUUGUGCAGAUCCUACACCCCAAGGACCAGGACCGCUUUACCCUCAUUUUACUCAUCACCUCCACCUUGAAAUCCAUCCCUCCUGCCCUCAUCACAGACCUCUUCUUCCGACCCAUCAUUGGCAACGCAGACAUUGUCGAGCUCAUCGUGGAUAUGCUGUAUGAAAUCACCAGCUGGCAGCCGGCUCCUUCACCACGCGUGGCUCUGUGAGCUGCUGUGCUCUGCCACAGCCCUGGGGGUGCUCAACAACACCUGGCAGGGCAGCAGGGAGGACUGUGGAGCAGGCAGUCAGGCACUCAGCUCCACAGGGCUUUGCGUGUGCCUCUCUCUAGGCUGUAGGGCUCAGAGCAUAAAGGAAAGCAGCCUUGAUUCAGCAUGGCUGCUCCACCUCUGCCAGUCUGUUUUGAGGAAUGUGAGUGUGUGUGGCUGGUGGUACUGAGUUUCUAGCAAGCAGGCCAGCCCUGUGACACAGAGCAGACUGAGUUAGAGCCUGCUCCAGGCUUUUUAUAUCUCAGUGAAUCCUCAGUUCAAUUAAAAUCAAUGUGUGUUUUGUUAACUCCAUGAGAUGAGGUUGGACCUCAACUUGCUGCCCGUGAUGGCUCUGUGCUGAUAGUGGUAUUUAGGGGUGCUGAGUAUCUUCGGUGGUAUCACUUGUAGAGUACAACCAGGUGCAAGCCGUAAGGAAUUAGAUCUUUAAGUAUCAGCCAGUGUCUGCUGUGCAUGAAAUCUCACAGACAGCCACCAAGAAUCCUCCUCAGACAGCAGGAGGGAGAAGCAUCAGAUCUUACAGGGCGUGCAGCCAGCUUCAUGAACGCCUCCUGCCUCUCAUCACAUCGCAUCUCCUCCCCACGAUGCCAUGAGCUGCAACAGGAUUGCUCACAGAUUGGAUUACCUAAGAGCAGUGAAACGUACGGCAAAUAACGCUGCAUGAACACCACUUCAUCCUCCCUAUACACCUCAAUAUAUAUAUGGCAAUACUUGGAAUGGCUCAGGAACACACUGAGCUACAGACACUGAACAAACAUCCCUGCCUUGAGUUCCAGCUGGUUCAACAUAGUAGGAAAGCUCGCUUCUCCUGCCUGCAGCUUUUGUCACUGAUGUCAGUAUUUAAUGAGCGGACCUUCAUUUGAUUUGUACAUAAGAUGCAGUAAAUUAUUUUUUUAAUAAAAACGUGUCACAUUUUGGUGA